CCGCGGGCCGCGCUGGGACUUGGGCUCCCUUUUCUUCUCGUUUGUUCCAGGACCCGGAAGCCUCUGCUGACCGUCGGGUCAUGAGUGGCGCCGGCGCAGAGCGAGAGGGAGGCGGGAACGCCGUGAGCAAGAGCGGUAGGCUGAGCGGAGAGCCAAAGUGCAGCGGCGGAGUUGGUCCUGCGCGGCCGGUGAUGGCGCCCCCCGCGGCCUAGAGGUCCAGCGCCCGGAGACAGUCCUUCCAUUGUAUCCGACCAAGAGUCCUGGCCACUUUGAACAUGUUGGUGCCGAUAGCCAAGCUGUCCUGCCCGGCAUAUCAGUGCUUUCAUGCCUUAAAAAUUAAGAAAAAUUAUCUACCUCUGUAUGCUACAAGAUGGUCUUCAACUUCUGUUGUACCUCGAAUUACUACCCACUAUACUGUUUACCCCCGAGAUAAGGACAAGCGGUGGGAAGGAGUGAACAUGGAGAGGUUUGCAGAAGAAGCAGAUGUAGUAAUAGUUGGCGCAGGCCCUGCAGGGCUCUCUGCUGCUGUUCGGCUAAAGCAGUUGGCUGCUAAACAUGAAAAGGACAUUCGUGUGUGUCUAGUGGAAAAGGCUGCUCAAAUAGGAGCUCAUACUCUCUCAGGGGCUUGCCUUGAUCCAGGUGCUUUUAAAGAACUCUUCCCAGACUGGAAGGAGAAGGGGGCUCCACUUAACACUCCUGUAACAGAAGACAGAUUUGGAAUUUUAACAGAGAAAUAUAGAAUUCCUGUGCCAAUUCUUCCAGGUCUUCCGAUGAAUAAUCACAGCAAUUACAUUGUACGCUUGGGACAUUUAGUGAGCUGGAUGGGAGAACAAGCAGAAGCCCUUGGUGUUGAAGUAUAUCCUGGUUAUGCUGCUGCUGAGGUACUUUUUCAUGAAGAUGGUAGUGUGAAAGGAAUUGCCACUAAUGACGUAGGGAUACAAAAGGAUGGUGCACCAAAGACAACAUUUGAGAGAGGACUAGAACUACAUGCCAAAGUCACAAUUUUUGCAGAGGGUUGCCAUGGACAUCUAGCAAAACAACUAUAUAAGAAGUUUGAUCUGAGGGCCAAUUGUGAGCCCCAAACCUAUGGUAUUGGACUGAAGGAGUUAUGGAUUAUUGACGAAAAGAAGUGGAAACCUGGGAGAGUAGAUCACACUGUUGGUUGGCCCUUGGACAGACAUACUUAUGGAGGCUCUUUCCUCUAUCACUUAAAUGAAGGUGAACCCCUGGUAGCUCUUGGUUUGGUGGUUGGUCUCGACUAUCAAAAUCCAUACAUGAGUCCAUUUAGAGAGUUCCAGAGGUGGAAACACCAUCCCAGCAUUCAGCCAACAUUGGAAGGUGGAAAAAGGAUUGCAUAUGGAGCCAGAGCUCUCAAUGAAGGUGGCUUUCAGUCUAUACCAAAACUCACCUUUCCUGGUGGUUUACUAAUUGGUUGUAGUCCCGGUUUCAUGAAUGUUCCCAAAAUCAAAGGUACCCAUACAGCGAUGAAAAGUGGAAUUGUGGCAGCAGAGUCUAUUUUUAAUCAACUAACCAGUGAAAGUCUCCAAUCAAAGAUGAUAGGAAUCCACGUAACUGAAUAUGAGGACAAUUUGAAAAAAUCAUGGGUAUGGAAAGAGCUAUAUGCUGUGAGAAAUAUAAGACCAUCCUGCCAUGGAAUAUUGGGUGUAUAUGGAGGGAUGAUUUACACUGGAAUAUUUUACUGGAUAUUUAGAGGAAUGGAGCCAUGGACUCUUAAACAUAAAGGUUCUGAUUCUGAUCAGCUUAAGCCAGCCAAGGAUUGCACACCUAUUGACUAUCCAAAACCCGAUGGGCAGAUCAGUUUUGACCUCUUAUCAUCUGUGGCUCUAAGUGGUACUAAUCAUGAACAUGACCAGCCAGCACAUUUAACCUUAAAGGAUGACAGUAUACCUGUAAAUAGAAAUCUGUCGAUAUAUGAUGGGCCUGAGCAGCGAUUCUGCCCUGCAGGAGUUUAUGAAUUUGUACCUUUGGAACAAGGUGAUGGAUUUAGGUUACAGAUAAAUGCUCAGAACUGUGUGCAUUGUAAAACAUGUGACAUCAAAGAUCCAAGUCAGAAUAUUAACUGGGUGGUACCUGAAGGUGGAGGAGGACCUGCUUACAAUGGAAUGUAAACUGCAGCUGAUUUCAUUUACAGGCAGAUUUGAUAGCUAGUUUCUUUAAAAUGUAUAGCAAGCUAACUUUAAAAUGUUUAAAGCUUAACGAAUGUCAAAAUAUCUUACAUUGGAUGGCCGGUUAGCUCAGUUAGAGCACAACCUUGUAAUACCAAGGUCACGGGUUCAGAUUCCCAAACCGG